CUCACCAAAAAGGGACGAAGAAGAUCCCCUCACGCUCACGCAUGCCCAGAUUUGCUCAACCAAACCAAUUCUUUAAUGGCUGCCUCCUCCCCCCGUCCUUCGUAAAUACGCCUCAAUAUCUCCGCUUUCCACGCAUUUCCUCGUCAGCCUUCCAUUUCCUCUUCUUCCAUGGCGGUCGCUUCGUUCUUGUUCUUGCUGCUGCUGUCGGGACUGGCUGGUCAACCACGGGGUUCACCGGAAAUGGAGGAGCAGCUCCGGGGGCUGACCCAGCAGCUGCUAGCGGCGGCGAAGGAGCCGGAGUUCUUCGAGUGGAUGAAGGGGAUCAGGAGGAGGAUCCACGAGUACCCGGAGCUGGGGUUCGAGGAGCACCGGACGAGUGAACUCAUCAGGACCGAGUUGGACUCGCUCGGGAUCAAGUACAAGUGGCCUGUUGCCAAGACCGGGGUUGUGGGCUUCGUCGGGACCGGAGAGAGACCCGUUUUCGCCCUCAGAGCCGACAUGGACGCCCUCCCUUUGCAGGAACUGGUGGAGUGGGAGCACAAGAGCAAGAAUGAUGGGAAGAUGCACGCCUGUGGUCACGAUUCUCAUGUUGCAAUGCUACUAGGAGCAGCUAAACUUCUCCAGGACAGAAAGCAUCUGCUCAAGGGGACAGUCAAGCUAGUAUUCCAGCCAGGGGAAGAGGGCUAUGCAGGAGCUUACCAUAUGUUACAGGACGGAGUUCUCGAUGAUAUUGAAGGAAUCCUCAGCAUCCAUGUUCUGCCCGAUGUGCCCACGGGGGCUAUUGCUUCGAGACCUGGCCCGAUGCUCGCCGGGGUCGGCAUUUUCUCAGCUACAAUCAAGGGGAAAGGUGGGCAUGCGGCACAACCGCAUAAUAGCAAGGACCCAAUUCUUGCAGCUUCAUCCGCUGUUGUGAGUCUUCAGCAGAUUGUGUCGAGAGAAACAAAUCCUCUCGAAGCCCAGCUGGUGACAGUGGGGUACAUUGUGGGCGGCCAUGCGGAGAAUGUCAUUCCAGAGUCGGUGAAAUUCGGAGGAACUUUCCGAAGCUUGACCCCUGAAGGUCUCUCAUACCUUCAGAAGAGGAUAAAAGAGAUCAUCGAGCUACAGGCGGCAGUUCACCGAUGCGAGGCUGAGAUCGACUUCAAGGAGGAGAAGCCGAUGCCGCACCCUGUGAUGGUGAAUGACAAGGCACUGUACGAGCACACAAAGAGGGUCGGGGAAAUGCUUGUGGGAGAGGAGAACGUGGAGCUCCUCCCGAUAACAAUGGGGGCGGAGGACUUCAGCUUCUUCACUCAGAAGACCGCCGCUCUAAUCUUCGUGGUUGGCAUCAGGAACGAGACCCUCAAGUCUGACAGGAUCCUGCAUUCUCCUUACUUCUUUAUUGACGAGGAGGCUUUCCCAGUCGGUGCUGCUCUUCAUGCUGCCACUGCAAUCUCGUACUUGGACAAGCACGCUCUGGGGCCGAUGGGUUGUGGAGAUUCGUUUCCUUCAAUGUAAGCAAUAUGAAUGUAGCACUGAACUGGAGAAGGGGCGAGAAGAGAAAAUGGCAAAUGUUCGUAUAAUUCGGUAUCUGUAAGAUUGCAUAAGUAGCAGUGAGUUAUAUGAACUGACAAGUGCAAUACAAUAAACAAGAUAACACUUUGCUGUAAACUACUUUUCCGAAUCACGAUGUUUUUUUUUUUUUUUUUCAGUUA